ACACACACACACACACACACAUAAACCAGCCCACGGUCUGCCUUGGCUUUCCCCAUCCAUCUCCUGCUUCAGUUCUCUCUCUCUGCAUUUCCUUCUUUGGUGAAGUGCUUUGUCCUUCUUUCUCUGUCUCUCAUCUCAACGUUUUAUGGAGAAGCUACAAGGUUAUUAGUUUUUCUUCAUUGCCAGUCCUCUGCUGUUGAUAAAUGACUUUGAGACAAACAAUAGAAACAUUAUUAUCAGAUUAAUAAUGGCUCAUUGUGUGAAAACACUUAUAACUACCUAAAUGUUUGAAAUGUUGCUGUAGAAAGACAACUGAAAAUAAUCUUUAUUUAAAGUAAUUAUUUUAGAAAAUUAAUCGGUUGAAUUAGCUAAGGCAUUUAACUCAUUCGCUGCCAGAUGUUUCCUGAUCGGUAAAGCCCUUUGCUGCCAGCGUUUCUCACCGUUUUUAUUGUUUUUCAAAGAGUGACAGAACGUUGCGCGCUAGGAUGAUGUCGACGCCAAAACAACCAAAACAAAGCGGAGACUCACCUCUAACAUCAGGAAGAGUCCGCGUGUUUCGAGUGUUAUCCGUUCUUUCAUAAUCCGUUGUUGAAUUGUGAUCGGCAGACGCUUUUUCGGUUCGCACCUCACAUUUUUUUUUACAGCAGUGGCCCAAAAAGAUCUCCUAACACAUGGAUUUUCUGCUUCCUGAUCAUGUGACAUGUGACGUAUGUGGAUGAAGAUGAAGAUCGGCUUUAGAGCUGAGAUGUUUGUUCUCUUGGCGCGGGGGCUCGUUCCAAUGCCCACACAGUAAAAAAAUGCAAAUGACGACUUUAGUCGUCAUUGGCAGUGAAUAAGUUAAAGAAUAGACUUGAGAUUUCCUGAUAAUGAUAUAAUGAUUAUUGGUUAUUAUUGAGAGGCGAAUUGGUGCUGCAUCUGGAGUGAUGCGGGGGUUGUACUGGUCUGUUGUGGUGAAGGGAAAGCUAAACCGGAAGGUGAAGCUCUCGAUUUACCAUUCGAUCUAUGUUCCUACCCUCACCUAGAGUCACCUAUAGUCUAUAGGGAAGUGUGGGCCUCUUGACUUAGGCUGCUGCCCCCUCGACCCCACUCCGGAUAAGCAGAAGAGAAUGGAUGGAUGGAUGUUUAGGUGACUGCAGAUAUAGAUUCUGACCCCUAAGCUUAGGAUGCCUCCAUGUUGAGUAUUUUCUGGCAUGCCCAACCAGAAGGUGAUCCUAAAGAAAGACCCGGGACCUGCUGGAGGGACUAUGUUUCUAUGCAGGCUCACAGUUUUACCUUGAUUCGAGCUGUAGAUCGACUUAAACGUGCAUGUAAAUGCACUGUCACAAGACCAACCUUACUUUUCAUUUUCGGGUUUAUCAAUCACAGAUUAAGUCCACUGUGCCUAAUAUUUUCUGUCUAAUUUUCUAAAAUAUAAAUAAAUCAGCACCUGAUCUCCAGGAUUGGAUCAGGACCAUCCUAGUUGAUACACCUUAUAAGACUGGACUCUGUGGGUUUCCUAAGCAUGUCGUAGUCAUAGUGAACAUUUUCUUUAAAAUUCUCCUGCAAACAAUAGAUGAUGGUGAACAUUAUAGGUUGCAGCUUUGCUGUUAGGAAAAUGCUCCGUCACAAAGUUUCGAGGUUUAUUAUCACUUUUUCAACACUUUUCGAUGUUGGGUGAAUUGUUAACAUUUAUAGAAACUUCAGUCAUCAGCGUUGAAGGUUGCUGAUUUGUUGCUCUUAAAUAGGUCCUUCAUUCAUAUUUUUAGUACAUUUGCAGUGGUCUCAAGCAGGAGUCAAUACCUUGUAUGUAAGGGUGGAAAAAACCUGUUUCAGCACGGGGUAUUCAGCCAGAGAAGAAAGCAUAGACAUACAUAGACGCACUAUUGGGUGCUGGAGAGCGUGACAGUCUCGCUGCCAUAUUGGAUGGGUCCCUCACUACCUAAGCAAUAUUGAAGAAAGCAGAGUGAGCAACUAUGCCUGUUUUCCUGCAGCCUACGAUUGCAACAACUGGCGCACUAUUGAAAACAGAUCAUAUGGGAUUACUGUAGACUUUUCUUGCCUACCUGUUGGGAUUUUGUAUUUUAAAUUAUUUCAUUGAAUUAUAUUUAUAUUUUAACUAUCAUGCCAUACCACAUGUCUGAUUUUGUGAAAAAGCAUAAUAAAAUGUGUUUUUUUUUUAGUUGUGUAAGCACCUUCCUCAGUAAAAAUAAAUGCAGUGGGGGUGAAUGAAGACCCAUCCAAGAUGGCGACCGGCCCCUACGGCAGCUCCAAUAUGCAGUAUCAGUCCACGGGCCGUUUAUGUAUGUGAUGUCUUUGGGAGAAAGUAGCUUCAGACGGCAGGAUUUGGAAUCUAAUUUCCUGAUAUUUUAACAUCUUGACUCUGAUUGGCUAACAGACUGUACCACCGACUGCGUUUGCUUUGCAACGUUGAUGUUUUAUCUCCAUAAACACAAGCCUGAAGGAGUUCUGCUGUGUAGUGGAGUUGCUAAUGCUAGUGAUUAGCUUCUAUUUCCUGGACGCUAAACCAACAGCCUUCCCCGUUGCAAGUCAAGAUGAGUAAGUCCAAGUGACAGCUUGCUGUUGAUCAGUCAGGCGUUUUCUAUCAGAAGCUAAUGCAGGAGGUGGGUGUAGGAGACUAUGUUCAUGUUCAGUCUGCAUGACAAACUCAGAGUGACCUAUCAUAUAUAAUAUUAAGAAUAAAUAUGAACAUAGCCUUGUCGCUAAUAUUUCAGGUUGUUUACUCAGUGUGCAUCUGAUUUCAGCAACAGGGAUGACACGUCACAUGACGGUCAGCAACAGGGUAACUCCUUUCUACAAAACACCUGUAGAGCUGCUGCAUCUGUAAAGCUAGGAAGAGAAAGACGAGCAGACCAUACACAAGGAGACUGCAGAACCCGACGUUUGCAACCAUAGGCGCUCGUCAUGCAUUUUUGCUGUCCGUAGCCCAGGGGUGUCAAACUCAAACUCACACGGGGCCGAAAUGAAACUCUGGGACGGAGUCGAGGGCCAAACUUAAUAUAUUUUUUAAAAGUGACGGCAAAUUUGCACAUUUUCUUUAUCAACAUAUAUGCAAUUUUGAACCUUUAAAUUUGGAAACAAACAUAUUUCUGCAUUAACACUGAAUGUGGAAUAACCAAAUUACACACGAGCAAGUCAGUUUUAAUUCAAUUCAAUUCAAGUUUAUUUAUAAAGCGCCAAAUCACGACAAGAGUCGUCUCAAGGCACUUCACAUAAUAAACAUUCCAAUCCACAGUUCAUUAAGCCAAUCAGAAAUAAUGUUUCCUAUAUAAGGAGCCCAGCAAAUUGCAUGAAGUCACUGACUAGUGUCAGUGACUAUACAGCAAUCCUCAUACUAAGCAAGCAUGCAGCGACAGUGGAGAGGAAAACUCCCUUUUAACAGGAAGAAACCUCCAGAGAAUCCUGGCUCAGUAUAAGCAGCCAUCCUCCACGACUCACUGGGGAUCGAGAAGACAGAGCAGGCAGGCAGGCACGCACGCACGCACGCACGCACACACACACACACACACGUAAUGUGUCUAUAGUUAUAUUGUGAUGUGUUAGUAAAUAUUGUAUUUGGUGAAAGAUAAACUUUAUUGUAUUUAUCCUAGUGGAUCUAUAAUUAAAUGGAUAAACCAGUAUUAGCACAUCAAAAGUCAAUGAAAACAAAAAGUUAUCAGGAGAGAGAGAAUGUAUUAGUGGUUAGCAGCAGUGUGCUAGUCGAUGGCCCCCUCCAUGAGGCCACCACAGCUCAGCAGAACGUCAUUGUAGCUUCUUCUGGGGAGAAAAACACUUACAGAGAAAAUAAAGUUAACAGCUGAAAUUGCACAAAAUAGUACAGUUAAAGAGCAGACUGUAGAAUAAAGCAGUAGAGUGUGAAAAGUGGUCAGUGUGUCCUCCAGCAGUCUAAGCCUAUAGCAGCAUAACUACAGAGUUAACUCUGGAUAAUCUAUCCUAUUUAGAUGGAGGCAUGUGGGAGGCAGGGCAAGGGAGAGCCGUCUUUACCGACUGUACACUCCACCUUCCUCUACUCCCCCACUUGUCCAGAUUUAGGCUAACAUCUAAUUUUAACAAUAGGCCCUAUCAAAUAAAAAUGUUUUAAGCCUAUUCUUAAAAGUAGACAAAGUGUCUGCCUCACGGACUAAAGCUGGGAGCUGGUUCCACAGGAGAGGAGCCUGAUAACUAAAAGAUCUGCCUCCCAUCCUAAGUUUAGAUAUUCUUGGAACCACCAGUAGACCUGCAGUCUGAGAGCGAAGUGCUCGGUUAGGAACAUAUGGAACAAUCAGAUCACUGAUGUAUGAUGGAGCUUGAUUAUUAAGAGCUUUAUAUGUGAGAAGAAGGAUCUUAAAAUCUAUUCUGAAUUUAACAGGUAGCCAAUGUAGAGAAGCUAAGACAGGAGAGAUACGAUCUCUCUUUUUAAUUCUCAUCAGAACUCUAGCUGCAGCAUUUUGGACAAGCUGAAGACUUUUAACUACAUUCUGUGGACUUCCUGAGAGUAAUGAAUUACAGUAAUCCAGUCUUUAUGUAAUAAAUGCAUGAACUAGUUUUUCAGCAUCACUCCUGGAAAUUAUGCUUCUAAUCUUAGCAAUAUUCCGAAGGUGGAAAAAGGAAAUCCGACAAACUUGUGAAACCUGGGAUUUGAAUGACAUGUCCUGGUCAAAGAUAACACCAAGGUUCCUUGCUUUGUUCUCGGAGAUUAAUGUAAUGCCAUUAAGGUCAGGCGAUUGGCUAAGCAAUUUCCUUUUCUGGAUUUCUGGUCCAAAGAUGAGAACUUCCGUCUUGUCUUGAUUUAAAAGCAAGAAGUUAAGAGUCAUCCAAUUUUUUAUGUCCUCAAGACAAGCCUGUAAUCUACCCAACCGAUUAGGUUCAUCAGGGUUAAUGGAUAAAUAUAACUGAGUAUCGUCGUCUUUUAAAUAAAAGGCAUCAGUGGUAUUCAUUACUUGUGGUAUAUUCAGCAUUUUUAAAAUCUAGUCAGGAUUUAUGUUUUCUUGUUUUUUAAUUUUUCGUAUUUUUUAUUCUCCUUUUUUUCUCCUGUAAUACGUGUCAUCGCUGCUGUGACAUCUAGCUUUCCCCACUGAGGAACAAUAAAGGGAUUUUCUAUUCUAUUCAUCUAUCUGCAGCCUUUCCACUUCCUGUUUACUGUAGGUUAAAUCUUUUCUCACGGGCCAACAACAAAAUAAAAAUAUCAUUUUAUCUUAAAUGAAAAUGCAACUUCUCACCUGUUAACUUUCAUGUUUUGGAGCAGAAAAAGAGCAUAAAACCAACAUAUUUAAAGCUCAGUUUGUUCCACUGGUUUACUGUGAUGCUCAACUGUUCCAGCCAGAUACCUGCAUCAUGGGGUUGAUCUGAGCUGAGGAGGAGACUCCUGUUGUUUUGUUUAUCUUCAUCAUAAUAAUGACAACAUUAGAUGACAACAGGUGCUCACAUAGGUUUGUGCUGAUGAACAUGUCUGAGCAGCUUGACCACGUUGUUGUGUGUCGGGGGGGAAACACGACAGCAGCCACAGAGUCAUGCUGGUUUGAGCGUGUGGCUGCUUGCUGGAGUUAUUUCGGCUCUGUCUGGAAGUUAGUCGGAAAACUUUCUCUUUCAGUCGUGAACACGUUACUGAGUGGCUAGAAUCUCCGUUUCUGGGCUUCAACGUCAGCAAAUAGCUGAGUGAACUCAGCGCUGAGUGAGAGGAGUGUAGUUUGUCCGAGACAGCGGAGCUGCAGACACCGGCAGCAGCCGCUGAAAAAACACAAAGGAGGGGGCGCGUCGGCUCCGCGCUGACGCCGCAAAGCAUCAUGGGAGUUGAAGUCUUUGCGGUAAAAUCGGCCAGUGGGUCAGUUUUAAUAUAUUUUUGACAUUUAUCUCGCGGGCCACAUAAAAAUGCUCCGCGGGCCGCAUCUGGCCCGCGGGCCUUGACUGUGACAUAUGUGCCGUAGACUAUUUCUUAGUUUCUUAAUGUAUCUUUUAGUGUCGGCUGGCUUAGCAGAAUUGCUGCAGCAAACUGAGCAGGGUCAGUUUUUAAAAAUGGCGCAUCAGAAUCGUAGUGUUGGACGGAGCCCUACCUUUUCCACCUUGUUAAAUCCCCAGUUUGCACACGUGUUUGAUUUUAAGCAGUAAUGUCAGCAAAAACCACUUUUUCUCUAUCAACUUUCUUUGCUGUUUGUUUAAAAAUUUUCUCUCCCUUCAGGUGACAACUAUCCUCAGUGUUUUCUAACUGCUACAUGCUAUGUUGCGUAAAUUCCCGAACAACCUUAAAUUGUGGGACUUAUGGUGGUGUUGUUUGUGAAACAAAGAAUACAGAUGCCGAAAAACCUAUUGAAUUAUUUUUCUGUUUGCAAAUCUCUUUCUUAGGAUGAAUUUUAAAAGUAAUGAUCAUUGUUUUAUAUGGUUAAGUCCUUGGUUCUGAAAGGUGGAGCAUUUUAUUAGAACCAUUUUAGAAGAGGAGUCUGUUCAAAGCUCUAAUUCCGGUUAUUUUGUUGUUUUUGAAAUCACGAAGAUGCACGGGUUCAGAAUAGAGUCAGAUUCCUGUUCACAGACACAACACGUUUUUGUGUUUUCAGGCACAAAGGAAGGAGGUGUUUCUUCAAGAACGCUAUGGACACUACACCCUGACAGACCCCUUCCUGGCUCUUCAGAGGGACUUUGAGUGCAGGGUUUCUGGAGGAGACAAAGAACGGCGGCCCUUGGGGUCCAGCCCCAUCUCUGUCCUGGAGGCUGUCAUGGCACACUGCAGAAAGAUGCAGGAACGCAUGUCGGCCCAGCUGGCAGCAGCCGAGAGCCGCCAGAAGAGGCUGGAGAUGGAAAAGCUGCAGCUCCAGAGUCUGGAACAGGAGCACCGCAAGCUAACAGCUCAGCUCAAGGAUGAGCGUGAAAAGAACAAGCAAAUUGUUAUGAUGUUGGUGCGGGAACGCAAGCAGCUCGCCACCCGGUUGGUCGAGGAGUCUCAGCGCUUUGACGAGCUCCAGGCUCGCCUGGACGAGGAGAGUCGCACCUCUGACCGGCUGCAGGAGGAGUUGAGCAGUGAACGCCAGCGCAGCCAACAGAUGGAGGCCAAGAUGGAGAAGCAGCUGUCAGAGUUUGACACAGAACGAGAGCAGCUGCGUGCCAGGCUGGGCCGGGAGGAGACAGAGAGUCACAGCCUUCGGCAGCAGCUGGAGCAGCUCAGGACUGAGCAGGUUGAUGGGAAGGAUGGUGCCGCUGUUUCUCCACCUGCUGCCAUUGAAGGGGAAGCUACUGCUGCCACCGGUGCACCACCCAAGCCUAAAGCUCUGACUUCUGUUUCUGUUGCCACAGACCCUAUAAGCUCUCGAACAGCAACUUGCCAAACUGACCUGCCCCCUUCUGAAGUUGAGGGUGCUAAGAAGACCCCCCUCACCAUACCCGUCAAACCAACCCCUUCCAACUAUGUGGGCCUGAGCCUGCCAAAGACCGCUGGGAGGGGAAUAAUCCACAGCAGCUUAGGAGGACUGACUCAGACAGAAAAUGGCUCAGAGGGCCAGAACCCCCAUGGCAUACCCACAGGAGUGAGUCCCCGAGUCCAGGCGGCACGCUACAAGUUUCAGGAACAGGACCAAAACGGCACGGCCUCCCAGAGCCCUCCGGCCCGGGACCUUUCUCCAACUAACCGUGACAACUUUGCAGCCAAGCAGCAAGCUCGUCACACUGUCACGCAGGUCCUGUCUCGCUUCACCAGCCCCCCUGCAGGAGGCUCUGGACCCCUCCGUCCAGGCCUGCCCCAUUCUGCCUCAGAGGGAGGACCUUUUCCCAGCCGCCUGAGCCACCCUAUUGGCCUCAAGUCACCCACUGUGGCCAGGAUCGACCGGGGAAACCCUCCCCCUAUACCUCCCAAAAAACCAGGGCUUUCCCAGACCCCUUCUCCUCCUCACCCACCUAUCAAGGUGGUGGGGGACAGCAGUCGCUCCUCAGCGGCUGGGCUAAAGCCAGCCACACCCCAGCUUCCACCCAAACCCGCUCUGGACCUGGUCCCAGCCCUGACGGCCUCUCAGGUGGGUUCCUGCCCUCCAUCCUGCUUGCCGGGGUCGAGCCGGGGCCCCCAGUGGCAGCCGGCAGCAGCAUGUGCAGAGUGCCCUCAAGUCACUGUCAGUAGCUCCUCCUUCAUAAACCCCCCCUCCAUCUCCUCCUCCAUUAGUGCUCCAUGUAGCCCCUGUUCCUCAGCAGGCAGCCCCCUGGCAACAGCAUCAGGCUGGCGUCCCUCCAUAGUCUCCCCUCUAAACGGCAGUGGGCCUGCUGCCCUGGACAGUAGGCAACCCCUGCUCCUCCAAGCUGCUUCCCAGGGAAAUGUCACUUUAUUGUCAAUGCUGCUUAACCAACCAGACUCGACCGCCACCACCACCUCAUCCACCAACAUCACCACCCCCACCUCCAUGGAGGACAAACCCAAUCUUUUAGACCCAGACUACAGCGUCCUCCACAACCAAACCUCUGCCUUGUUUGCUGCUGCUCAGAACGGACAAACCGAGUGUUUAAAGCUGCUGCUGUCUUCAGGAUUACCUGCUGAUGUCUCAGAAGAAAAUGGAUUCACACCUUUACAUGUAGCUGCUGCCCACGGCCACAGCAGCUGCGUGGAGGUGCUGCUGGCUGCAGGAGCUGCUGUGGACUCGGUGGCAGUGGGAGGGCAGACCUCCCUGUUUCUGGCCUGUGAGGCAGGAAGUCUGGACUCCUCCCGAGCCCUGCUAAACGCCGGAGCCAAUCGCUCACUCGCCACUGCAGACGGCUGUACGGCGCUGCAUGCUGCUGUCCGGUCAGGACAUGUGGACACGCUUCAUCUCCUACUGUGCCACCCGGCUCAGGGUGACCCCUCCGAAACCAUACCUACCCAGGUGCUGCCUGCUACCCUGCUGAACCAGGCUAACGGUGAUGGCUGGACCCCUGCGCACAUGGCUGCUGCCCUUGACCUCAAGGAGUGUCUGGAGGUGUUGUGCAGCCAUAGUGAACAGGACAUCGAGAGGAGGGAUAAAUGUAAUCGCACCAUUCAUGACGUUGCCACGGACGACUGCAAAGAUCUGCUAGAGAACCUCGACUCGUACCGGAUCUUGGUGCGUCUCCAGAUUUCGGGUGGAGGGACUGGGUCCAUGUGUCCUGUUGAAGCCCUGGAGGAAGAGGAGGCAAAGGGCCUCUCCAGCAGCCAAAUGGUGCUGGGUAGAGUGACGGUGGACCGCUCAACCCGUUGGGCUCAGCUGAGCGCCAUCCUCAGCCACAUCUUCUUGUCCCACCUCCAGAUCCUCUGUGGAGAGUCUCAGACAGCGAGAGAGGAGGGACAGUGUCCACCACUAGGCCUUUCUCCUUCCAGUAUCUCCUCUUUCUGCAUCGGAGACACCGUGUGGUUGCCUGGUCAGGAGCUGUCUCUGUCUCCGUGGGACCUGGUCAGAAAGCCACACAGCCAGUUUGUCACCAUCCAUCUAAAAGGUCUGCGCGAGUCGUGUCUGGAUGAGCUGGCUCUGGAAUCCCUUCUCCCUCUGCCUCUGCUGCACAACUGUGUCCGCUUGGUGGAGCAGUACGGCAGCCUCAUCUUCCACGGGCUGGAGGGCAGCUGUCAGGAGUUCCUCGCCGGUCUGGUGGCUUGCUGUAUCAAGUCCAAGCAGGAGGCGGGGGGAAUCAGCUGUGACGUGGUGAGGGUGGAGGUGGAGGAGAGCCUGACCAAGGAGCAGCUGCUGGAAACGUUCAUCAACUGUGGAUUCCUGGUGCCAGUGAGGGAGUCGAGGUUUGGGCCAGCUACUGGUCACACUGGCCCCUGUGUGUUGGUGCUGCUGGAAGGACUGGAAAAGGCUUCGUCCCUUACAGGCCUGCUGGGAGACCUUUGCCACAGCCUGGACAACAGGAGCUCCGCCUGUCCUCUGGUUCUGAGUACCGGUCCGCACCACUUCAUGGAGGACAACUUUCUGAUUGGAACGCUGUCGAAGCCCCGCCUACAAGGAGCGGAGCUUCGUCUUCAGCAGCAUUUCCGCUGGGUGAGUCUUCGCUGGGACCAGGAGCCGCUGCAUGGCCUGCUGGGACGACAUCUCCGCAGGAAGCUUCUCCAUAAGAUGGGGACUGGAGCUUGGUCCCCCGACGGGCUCAUGGAGCGCUCAGUGCUGUGGAUAAACCAGGUUUGGCAGCAGCUAAACGCCUGUCUGUCCCGUCUGGGGACGCAUGAGGCUUUGCUGGGUCCACAGCUCUUCCUGUCCUGCCCUGUUGUCCUCAACAACACACAGGCUACUGUCAG